AUGCCCCCGACGGCGAAGGAAGGUCGCACACCGCCUUUACGACACUGCAAUCGCUUCUCGGAGGACUCGGAACGCGACGCCCACGAUCUCGGGAAAUGGGCGGCUAUCGAACACCUCGAACACCCCAUCGUGCAACCUCUGUUGAGUUUUCUCGCUGCUUCUCCUGACACGGCCUUCCGGUGUCCCAAGACGCCGCCCUGA